AUGCCGGCUGCAAGGAGUCUCGACUCCCUUCCAUUUGACAUCUUUUACGAAAUCGCUACAUCACUGGAUGAUCGUGACUUUAUCAAUCUGAGCCGUACCAACCGUGCCCUUCGUGAUCUUGCCCAGAGUGACCUCGUCGCCCGCAAAACGGUAGAGAACGUUCUCCUAUUCAGCAAAGAGGGACAGUUGGCCUUACAUCAGGCCGGUUAUACCUACCGCAAGGCUGUUGGGCAUCGGUUUGACAUUCAUGAAGCGGUCGCUACAGCUGCGCCAUAUUCUGUUUCAGUCCUAGCCUAUGGGGCCGAGUUUCUCUACAAUCAAGGGAUCCUAUGCUACCGAGUGGGGCAUGAAAUCCGCCUCCUGGACGUGCAUGCUGGGAGUAAGCAGGAACGUGUCUUGAACUUAUUAGUCCUUUUCCGCCGUUUGACUUCGGAACCGCUGGGCGCGGAUGCAGUCGAUCGGGUAUCGUUGCUGCGAUAUGCAGAUGGCAUCCUCGUAUUUCGGGUUGAUACCGACGAUGAUCAGGAUGACUUGUUGUUAGCCAUGGAUAUGUCCAACCGGCUACAUCACCCCAGAAAGGGCCGCCUGCUCCUCAAAAAGUGGAUCCCUGCAGGGGCGCGGGUCUUUGUCCGACACAGCCGCACCUAUAUUUGGUACGGCAUAUUUACAGCAGUCGGUGGCUCCGAUGGCGUAUGGACUGUCUACGGGAUGGACAUGACCUCCGCCACUCUUGAGCCGAUGAAACCUACGCUCACGCGGAUUGUGGAUGGCGAUCUUGGCCAAUCUCUCUGUUUUGAGAUGUACAACGAGCAUCUCUAUGUAGUAUCCACCCAAGUCACUUCAGACGAGGAUGAAAGAUACUCCUCGUUUUACCAUUGGUUUUGCUUUGCCCCACGUCAGAAUCGUCGUAAAUGGAGUGGAAGUAUAUGGCGUCGCGAGCACUGCGAAGGUCCUAUUAAUGAGCUUUGGACCGAUCUUUCAAUUACCACUGAUGAAGUAACCGGCCGACCGGUUAUCUUAGAAUGCCGCCGGGAGUACGCCGAAGGCAAAAGUGAAAAUCAUCGCACCUACUAUACCCAAGCCCUUCAAACACCAGAAGAAUUACUCACCAGGUACGGCGAGGGGGAGGAAGCAACACCCAUACUAUUUAGCGACUCAGGCGAAACCUCUGAGUGUCAAGAGUCCACUCGUGACAGCAACGAGCACCGACCAGAAAAGCGAUUACGUCGUGACUACCACGCUGAGUACGAAUCCACACACGACCCAACAAAAAGACAAGAGUUCAUCGCCGCACGCACAAAGCACCGCAGCUAUAAUCUCGCCGCAUCCACCUUCAUUGACCUCGUAAAUGACCCAGCCCUACAAUCAGACGGCUUCCGAUCUCAAGACCGUCUCCGCCUCCGCACCGUCUCCCGAAAGCGCAAGUGCCCCAUCGACGAAGAGGGCGAUGAAGGCCCAUCGGGACUCCUCUUCCGGCCAACACAAUAUAAUGAAGACGGCUCACCAGUCGAAGGCUCAGAAGAGCGUUUCGUCUCUCGUGGUGUCUACAUGUGGCCUCCAGAUGAUGCACCAGCCGAACUACGUCGCCUCCUCUGCCCAGAUUCACGGAUAAACACAGUAUGCGCCAUCUCAGAUGAACGCUCUCUUAUCUACUCUGUACGGUGUGCAGGUGUGCCAGCUGGAAAUCAGGCUAUGGUAUUGAUAAGUUUUGAUCCCCAAAUCCACUUUCCCACGUUGUCAUCCUUGCAUACUAUGAAGGCGCCUAUUCCCGAUAAAAUAUUCUCUGUUGAGGCACCACUGGCCGAAGCAUCGACAUCUCUCGUCAGAGAAGAUAAGCCGCUCUAUGAGGCUAUUAAAUGGGGAUAUUGGCUACGAUAG